AUGCAGCCCAACCUUGGGCAGGGCGGCUGCAUGGCCAUCGAGGACGCGCUCACGCUGGCCGAGGAGCUGACGCUCGCGCAGGCCGGCGCCGAGGGGCGGCCGCACAAGGUCGACAUGGACGCGGUGCUGCAGAAAUACCAGGACUCGCGCAUGAUGCGCGCCGCCGCGAUCCACGGCAUGGCGGGCAUGGCGGCGAUGAUGGCGUCGACGUACAAGGCGUACCUGGGGGAGGGCCUCGGCCCGUUGAGCUGGAUCCAGCGCUGGAAGCUGCCGCACCCGGGCCGCGUGACCGGCCAGGUCGCGCUGCUGGCGACGAUGCCGGCGGUGCUGGCCUGGGUGCUGGGCGGGAACAUCGGCGCGCUCGUCGGCGCGGAGCGGCCGGGCGCGUGCCGCAUCACCGACGGGCUGAAGUUCUUCAGCGAAAAGGAGUUUGAGCUGUUUAUGCGCGACAACGACGCGCUGCUGCGCGCGACGCACGCGCGGUGGAUGCUGCUGGCCGAGCGCGUGCCGGCGGAGGGGUCGGGCGCGGACGCGACGAGCUGCAGCGAGGCCAAGGGCAUCUACCUGACGGCCGACAACGAGGCCGUCAUCUCCGGCGCCGCCGCCGCCGACUCUGCGGACGCCGCCGCCGGCAGCCUGCUGCUCGUGGACGACGCGGCGGUGUCCUCCGCGCGCCACGCGCGCGCGUGGCGCGACGGCCCCGCGGGCGACCACUUCCUGCAGCACCUGGCGGGCGCGGGCGAGGGGACGUGGGUCAACGGGCGGCGGCUGGGAGACGGGGAGACGGUCAGGCUGCUGCCGGGUGACCUGGUCGAGUUUGGCCGCAGCCCCAGCAACGAGGUGUUCAAGCACGACAGCCUGUUCUGCAGCGCCCUCAGCGGCACCACAUACUCCAUCAUCCCCGCCGCGGGCGCUGCUAUUCAGCUGCUGAGCGAGGAGACGCUCGCGGCCGCCGCGGCGGUGGCGCGCGAGGACGUGCCCGCGCGCCGGUGA